GUUUUAAGCAAUUUUUCCAAGAAAAAUAAAAUAAAAGUGGGAAGCUCACUUCACUCUGUUUCUUCACCUCUCUAACUACCAAAAAUGUCAAUCUCUUGCUCCCUCGCUGCUCACCCAAACCCUAAGCAUGGCUCCCCUUGCACUCGCCAUUCUACGGUUCAACUCCGUGCAAAUCGUUUUCUCAACUUCGAUAGCAGGGAUUGUUCUCUGAGACUUCAAAUGGGUCAUCAGUUAUGCAAGUCCCUUGGGUUUUAUGCAAAUUCAGGGCUUUUCAAGGGCUUUUCGGUGCCUGGAAAGGUUGCUUUUGAGGUGCGUUCUGAGAAUGGAGAAGACGACCAAAAGACGGUUAUUGACGAAGCUGAAGAAGCUCGGGGUAAGAGCACGCUGCCUUCAAGGUUUAGAUACUUGACUAAGGAAGCUCCAGAUCUUCCAGUAAGGUGGUCAUGGCUGCUAGUCUCCAUUUUCCUGAUUUAUUGCUGGCAAACAGUUCUAUGGGAACUUUCUAAUUGGAAGAAAGCGGUGCUUGCCAUUGCCCAAUUCUUUAUGUACCUCUCGAAAUUUAUUUUGGCCUUCAUAUACCAUUUUGCUGGGGAUUUCAUCACUGGUUUAAUUAGGAAUGUUGAGACCGUCCUCUAUAUCUCAAGAUCGAUCUAUUCAAGCAUAGUUGCAUCAGCUCCUGUUGGAGAACUGCUUGUGAUCAUCAUGUUAACUUCAGCAGUCUUUGCGAUUGCAGAAUCAGUGGAACCUGGCUCUGUGAAAAACCAGCCUUUUAUUCUCACACUUUCUGGUUUUAUUGGGUUUUUGGCUGUUACGGAUUUAUUACUUGAGCCAUUUUUCUGGUUGCUAGCGUUGGGCAUCUUUUGCUUUUCACGUUUUGUGAAGAAGAGAGAUGGGGUCUCAGCUGUUUUGCCUGUUGCCUCAGUGUUGGUCGGGGUUGGGGAGCCUUGGGUUCGGGUGCUUGCCAUUACUUCCUAUUUGGCUCUUGCCAUGAUUCAAUAUUCAAAGAUGCCUGAAGAAAAGAGAGGGGGCGAGAUUAGAUCGAGUUUUGGCUGGAAACCACCAUUCGUUCUUUGGGUUUUGUCACUGGUGAUUGGAAUUAAUGUUGGGGCAAAGUGGAUACGAUACCGGCACUUGACAUGGAUGAUUGCCUGAAUGAGAUGCUUUCUCCAUGAGGAUCAAGGAUUAAAAUGAUCAUGUAUGAUUCUUUUCUUCUUCUUUUUUUUGCCUUUUUUUUUUCUCUCUUUAGUUUAAGGUGUUAUAUACAUGAUGUCUGAGGUUUUGAGUGGGAAAAUUUUGAUCCUCUAGUAGGUUUAAACCUAGGUGUAGCUGUAUGGUUUUUGGAAUCUAGUGGAGGGUCAUGUUUAUCAGUUUGAUUUUGGUGGUGACCAUGCUGUAGUAUCUGUUGGAAAAGAAAUGCUGAAACACUUAAAAUGGCCAUUGGAAUAAUAUAGAGGGAAUAUUUAAAGGCACGAUAAAUGAUAAUCUCCAGUUACCCAA